GAUCGCUCUCUGUCAUUUUCGGUAAAUGUUGGUGUGUGUGAGUUGUGUGAACUUUGUGUUAUAGUUCAACAAGCAAAGUUUCUUAUAAAAUUUUAAUGUGUUAAACCGAAAAUAAAUAAGUUAUUUUUGACGUCGAUCGCGUGCAUACAGUGUUACAAUGGCCACACACGCAAGAAUAUUAAGCCGAAUAAUCCCUGAUAGUUUCAAAGUUGGGCAGUCAAUUCGCUUCAACAGUUACGACGCUACCAGGGUUAACCUCAAGUUGUCCGGGAAUACGAAGGUUAUCUGCCAGGGGUUUACGGGCAAACAGGGAACUUUCCACAGUAAGCAGGCUAUCGAAUAUGGUACUAAAAUGGUCGGGGGGGUGUCUCCUGGAAAGGGAGGCAAAACCCACUUGGAUCUACCUGUGUUCAAUUCUGUUAAAGAGGCAAAAGCGGCAACCGGUGCGGACGCUACCGUCAUCUAUGUGCCGCCUCCGGGGGCAGCUGCAGCCAUUAACGAAGCUAUGGACGCAGAAAUAUCACUAAUAGUUUGUAUCACUGAAGGCAUUCCUCAACAAGAUAUGGUUAAAGUAAAACAUAGACUCCUCCGUCAGAACAAAACUAGAUUGGUAGGUCCGAAUUGUCCCGGAAUUAUAGCCCCAGAGCAGUGUAAAAUCGGCAUCAUGCCUGGUCACAUCCACCAAAAAGGAGUCGUAGGAGUUGUGUCUAGAUCGGGUACUUUGACUUACGAAGCUGUCCACCAAACCACCCAAGUUGGCUUAGGCCAAACUCUGUGUGUCGGUAUUGGUGGCGAUCCUUUCAACGGAACAGACUUCAUAGACUGCCUUGAAGUGUUCCUCAAAGAUCCUGAAACUAAAGGUAUUAUUCUAAUCGGUGAAAUCGGAGGUGUUGCCGAAGAACAAGCGGCGGAUUACUUGCUGAAGCACAACACGGGACCUAAUGCCAAACCCGUUGUUUCUUUCAUCGCGGGUUUGUCUGCCCCUCCAGGUCGUCGUAUGGGUCACGCUGGUGCCAUAAUCUCAGGCGGCAAAGGUGGAGCACAAGAUAAAAUCAACGCUUUGGAGAAAGCCGGUGUUAUUGUGACUAAGUCACCCGCACAAAUGGGGAACGAAUUGUUAAAAGAAAUGCGUCGUUUAGCUUUGGCUUAAGUUAAUCCAUUUCAUAAAUGUCAAGUAAUACUGUAUUAUAUAGUGAAUCCAUUAAAGUCGAUUAUACCUAAAGUCACAGUGUAUUUAAUCGCUUAUCGAUGUUAAUAAUAAGUAAUGUGUUCCAAAUUGACAUUGUUGUUAUAUUGGUUAAGUAAAGAUGUUGAGUUUUGAGUUA